AUGUCUGGAACAGGACCAGGGCAGCUUCCAGGCAUACAGCCAAAUCCAAUUGAAUGCGAAGGGCUGCUCUACUUGGCUCUUGAUGCGAAGAAACAGGAAAUCCGACUUCUGGAUCUAGAGCCGUGUACGCCAGACGCAAAUUUGGCCGGACUGGUAUGUGACAUGCGGAUCGUCUCACUUGUCGACAUCUUGUCACCGAGAUACGAGGCUAUCUCAUAUGCUUGGGGUGAUAACGAAGCUAAGGCAGAAAUCCGUGUCAACGGCAUUCCCAUCAACGUCCCAAUAAAUACUGCGGCUGCGCUUCUUCGAGUCCGCGAUGUCGACAAAGUGCGAACUCUGUGGAUUGACGCAGUAUGUAUCAAUCAGCAGGACAUCGAGGAACGUAAUUCUCAAGUUGCACUUAUGGCAGCUAUCUACAAGUCGAGCUGGAGAGUCAUAGUCUGGCUAGGCAAUCCUGGCUUCAGUGAGCGCGAAGGCCACCAAGCCAUCUCGACAAUUGAUACAGCAGUUGACGCCAUUAUCGCCUGGGCCAUGUCCGAACUGCAUAUAGGCACUUACGAAACCCUCAUCGCACAGCUAGCUACCUACAAGAGCAUCGACGGGCUGAUGAGACGAUUCCCGCAUCAGCUCUUAGCCCAGGUUGCUCAGGUCUAUGCUGUGUGCCAUCAAUUUUGGUUUGGCCGUCGUUGGGUGGUACAAGAAGUUGCACUGGCGCAGCAGACAAUAUGCUAUUGGGGGCGAAUCACUAUGUCACUGGAGCGUGCCCUCGUGGCUGCUGUCAUAAUGGCGCGGGGCAGUCCGAGCAUUGAUCAGUGGAGAACCAUCCACAAUUUAUCUGGCUAUGGAUCAACUCACAGCGCGAGUAUCGAUGAGCUGUACAAAGCUGCAAGGAUGUGGCAAGUCCUCCGUAUGCCCUCAGCCAGGUCUGCUGGUGCUCUUCUGAGCGCUAAUCUCGAGCAGCUCCAAGACUCGCUAGGUAGUGAGCCUAGAGACUUGGUCUAUUCAAUACUUGGCCUCUGGCAAAGGUCAUCGGGUAUUCACGAGCUACCUUCGCUGUUGCAGCCUGAUUAUGGUAAGCCUGUAGGUCGUGUGUUUGCAGAUGCACAAAGGUAUAUCAUGAGGUCUGAGAAGAGUGUGAAUAUGCUGCAGGAUACGAGGACUGCUGAGGUAUGGCCUACAAGUGAUCAAGGGUCCUCAUGGGUCAAGAGGUGGAGCGUGUGGCAUCAGAAUGCACCUAGUCUACUCCCUACUUGUCACUCCGCAUGUGGCAAGAGACCAUACGAAGCAGAUCUUCGUGAGCCGGAUCGGGAGCUCUGGCUUCGAGGCAUCGAGAUCGGUACAGUGACCGAUUGUGUGACAGCGGUCUCGCCCGAGGCCCUUUCGACUACAGCUGGGCAACGAGCUUUUAUGGACAGCCUUAUCACGAGCCUGAGUAUCGAGGUAUUAGCUUAUCAGCCUCUCGCUCGAACGCUUGUAGCUGGUGUCACGUGGCAGGGUCGGGUCUUAACUAAUGUUAGACUGAUCACCGAUGCUGAAACCGAGAUGGCCGUUGCUGUCAUUUCAAGCAGUCCAGAGACUCAUGAAAAUGUGGUGCCGGACAGGGCGAUGCUUGAGAGUAAUCUCUCUGCUGCAGCGCGGUACUCGUAUGGACUAAAGAGAGCUUGUCAGCAUCGUGCUAUCUUUCGUACUGAGAACGGACGCUGUGGUCUCGGGCCUUCCAAGACUAUGGCAGGUGAUGUUGUGGCGGUCGUCGAUGGAUGUGACUUCCCACUUCUUCUACGGCCUCUCAAACAUGGUUACGAGCUUGUAGGGGUCUGUUACGUCGAUGGAUUCAUGCAAGGAGAAGCUGUAGAUAGCUACAAGACGGCAGAGUUGGGUUAUAAGAUGUUUGUGCUAUUGUAG